UACUUUUGUGGGUUCACUCUCGCUGUCCUUGGCCCCAGCCCUCCACGCCUCACUACUCUCCCUGACUCUGCCCAAGUCUUGUCCCACGACCCCACCAUGGCCGAUCAGUACCAGUACAACACCAACGAGGAGAAGAUUGUGAAGGACAGCCACACCAAGGAGAUCGAUCUGAUCAACAGAGACCCCAAAUUGAUAAAUGAGGAUGUGAUCAAGGUGGAGUUUGAGGAUGUGAUCGCAGAGCCCGACGGUACACACAGUCUGGAUGGGGUGUGGAAGCUCAGCUACACCACCUUCACCGUGUCCAAGUACUGGUGCUAUCGCAUCCUCUCAGCCAUCUUCGGCAUCCCUAUGGCUCUGCUCUGGGGCUUCCUCUUCGCCUGCAUCUCAUUCUGUCACAUCUGGGCUGUGGUACCCUGUAUCAAGAGCUGCCUGAUCGAGUCCCAGUGCAUCAGUCACAUCUACUCCCUCUGCAUCCAGACCUUCUGUGACCCCUUCUUUGAAGCCCUGGGCAAGAUCUUCAGCAGUGUGAAAGUGGCCCUGCGCAAAGAGGUCUAGACACUCACACCACCGCAGUGUUUACACGUUUGGAUGAAACGCUACACCCUUUUUAUCCGCCAGACCAGAUGACCAGUCCUGGUGUCCUCAUAUUUCCCAAGACACCCCCCCGCUACCCUUACCCAGCCCAAAGCCCAGGGCCUCGCCCGUCUCAGCCCUUUGAGUCCUGACAUGCACAGAGAGACCAGUGCCACAAGAGGCUCUGUGACAGCUGCAGCAUGGUUGGGUGACAGCUCUGGCUCUGUUGGAAGGCAGAGAGCUGUCUGUUCAUUGAGGGAAUAUAGGGCUGGCAGCCAUGGCAUGGGCAGGACUUGUGUCCCAGAGUGAAUGUAUUUUGCGAUGCUGAGGAAAGUGGCUCCUCGGUCACAUGACAUAAACACCCCAGUGACACUAACGGCAUUGCAGCACCCGUAGGACAAUAUACAAUCUCUACUAUAUUGGCCAAUUCUGAAUUGAUAUACUAUAUUAAACAGUCAGAUGUGUGUGUGUGUGUGUGUGUGUGUGUGUGUGUGUGUGUGUGUGUGUGUGUGUGUGUGUGUGUGUGUUUUGUUCCUAAUGGUAAACUAGUCGAUGUUGUGAAAUGGAAAAGAUCAUUGUAGUGCUUGAACAAGAUUAUAUCAUGUUUUACAAAAUGAAUAAGAUGCGGUUUCUUUACUGAAUCAUUUUGAUUAAACACAUCCUAAAUUGUCAA